CCCAGAUGAAAACGCCUUUUUCAUGUAUUCACUGACACAACCCAAAUGUUUAACCUUUCUCUUAAUUUAGCAUUAUUUUUUUUUGUUUUCUUGUCAGAUUUUUAUUAGUUUCAAUAUCGUCUUCCAUCACAAGCCAACAAAGAAAGAAAAAAAGCAGAGAGAAAACGAGUAAAGAGGAAGAAGAAGACGGAGAAUAUUCAUUUCACCUCUUGUUUUUGGCUUCCUUCUCAAGCCAUAAUCUUUCUCUUCUUUUGAUAAUCUCCCCCCCUAUUAAAGCUCCCACGAGAACACCUCCCACAACUUCUUCACUUGCCUUCUCACGAGAAAGCAGAAAAUAAAACCCACUUUACAGAUUGUCUCUCUACUUCUAUUGUAUAUAUAAUAUUAACAGUCUCUGUUUCUUGAAGCUCUCACUUACAAGAACAAGAACGAUGAGAUUCUCUCAGUUGAUUUGGUGUUUGAUGCUUCUCCUUCAGCUCAGCUUCUUCGCGGAUGCGAUGCUCGACCCUGUUGACUUCUUGUCUCUUCAAGCCAUUCGUAAAUCUCUCCACGACUUGCCCGGCUCCAAUUUCUUCCACUCGUGGGACUUCACCUCUGACCCCUGCGGCUUCGCUGGCGUCUACUGCGACGGCGACAAAGUGAUCUCUCUCAACCUCGGCGAUCCCAGAGCCGGUUCACCCGGUUUAUCCGGUAGAAUCAACCCAGCUAUCGGCAAACUCUCUGCUCUCACGGAGCUCUCCAUCGUCCCCGGUCGUAUCAUGGGAGCUCUACCAGCUACAAUCUCUCAGCUAAAAGACCUCCGUUUCCUCGCAAUCAGCCGGAAUUACAUCUCCGGCGAGAUUCCAGCGAGUCUCGGCGAGGUUCGCCGUCUCAGAACGCUCGAUUUGAGCUACAAUCAGCUCACGGGAACUAUCUCUCCGUCGAUCGGAUCCUUACCGGAGCUCUCCAAUUUGAUUCUCUGCCACAAUCACUUAACCGGAUCACUCCCUCCGUUUCUCUCGCAAUCGCUAACCCGAAUCGAUCUCAAACGCAACAGCCUCACCGGUUCGAUCUCUCCCGCGUCUCUCCCUUCUUCUCUGAAGUAUCUAUCACUCGCUUGGAAUCAACUAACCGGACCGGUUGACAGAGUUUUAAUCCGGUUAAACCAGCUUAACUACCUCGAUCUCAGUUUAAACCGGUUAACCGGUACAAUCCCCGGUCGAGUCUUCGCCUUCCCGAUCACGAACCUCCAACUACAACGCAACUUCUUCUACGGUUCGAUUCAGCCGGCGAAUCAAGUGACGAUCCCAACCGUCGAUCUCAGCUACAACCGAUUCUCCGGCGGGAUAUCUCCGCUUCUCUCAAGCGUCGAGAAUCUCUACUUAAACAGCAAUCGGUUCACGGGAGAAGUACCGGCGAGCUUCGUCGAUAGGCUGCUAUCGGCGAGCAUUCAGACGCUGUAUCUGCAGCAUAACUUCUUGACGGGGAUACAGAUUAGUCCGACGGCGGAGAUCCCUGUGAGCAGCUCGCUGUGUCUGCAGUAUAACUGCAUGGUUCCUCCGUUGCAGACGCCGUGUCCGCUUAAGGCCGGCCCACAGAAGACUAGGCCCACUACGCAAUGCAACGAAUGGCGCGGAUAAUUUCGUCAUUACGCUUUCUGAUGAUGAUAAUGUUAUAUUAUAUGGUUUUUCGCUUCAAUUUUUUUUUUUGUUAUAGAUUUUGCUUUUUGGGGGGCACAGAGCCUCAAUGUGUUGAAAAGAAAAAAGGAGAAAAAGAGAAACGAUUCGUUUAUUGGUUAAGGUGAUAGUUUCAAUGUGUAAAACUAUCUUUCGAAUAAAGAUUAUAGUUAUGUGACGA